AUGUAUUUGUCUACGCUAUCCUUUUUUUUAUUGCAUCUUAUUAUUGCUCCAUUGAACAUAAAAGGUGUUAACUUAGACAAUGUUCCAUUCGAGAAAAACUAUGCUCCUUUAUGGGGGAAAGAAAAUAUACGAAUUCUCGACCAAAGCCAAGAAGUUCAAAUUACCUUGAAUCAAAAUUCAGGUUCUGGUUUUCAGUCUCUACGGAAAUUUGGUUCUGGAUGGUUUAAGCUGAGAACUAAGUUGCCACAGAAGGAUUCUAGUGCAGUGAUCUCAACUUUCUAUUUGAAAGCAGAUGCAGGAGAUGAAAUUGACUUUGAAUUUUUAGGUGGCAAUAAUAAGGAAAGACCUCAUAUAUUGCACACAAACAUUUUUACUAAUGGGAAAGGUGGUAGGGAGCAAAGGAUACGUCUUUGGUUUGAUCCUGCUGCAGAUUUUCAUAAUUAUACACUUCUUUGGAACGAAAAACAAUUAGUAUUUUUUGUGGAUGACACCCCUAUUAGAGUGUUCAAGAAUACAACAAAUAAAGGAGGAAUGUACCCAACACAAGCAAUGAAGAUUAUUGCCUCAAUCUGGAAUGACACAUGGGCCUCUAAUGGAGUUCCGGUGAAUUGGAAUGACGCACCCUUUGAAGCACACUAUCGAGGUUUUGGUAUCGACGCAUGCCAAGCUCAAGGAACCAACACCCAAGAAUGCAGAUCCCCUAAGUAUUGGUGGAAUGGUGAAAAGUUUUGGGGGUUAAACCCUAGGAAAAUACAAGCCUACAAAAAUAUACGAAGCAAAUAUUUAAUUUAUGAUUAUUGUGCUAAACAGCCACAAAUUCCUGAGUGUCAAAAUUUACCUAUAUACUAAAUCUACUUGUGAGAGUAUUGUAUGGAAUAAGUAGCAGAAGAAAAUUGUUGAAUACCUGCACUAUUUCAAACUCAUUACGGUGUAUGUUUU